GGUGUAGUGAUUGAGCAACAGCCCACCACUGCUAGGGUUACGAUCUACAAUCAUGUCUUGGUUGGAAGAGUAGUGUCUGCUAGAGAGAUAUCGGCGCAUACCAUUAAAUCCAAUAUCCUCCGUCUGCUACAACCGGUCAAGGGUUGCAUUGUCGACCCGCUGCCCCAAAAUCGAUUUGUGUUACAAUUUGAACACCCUGUUGAUUACAAACAUGCAUUAUCUGGAUGCCCUUGGCUCUUGGAGAAGAAUGCCAUUAUCCUUCAAAAGAUGGAUCUAGAUUCAGAUCCUACCACCGCAAAUCUGAACCUCUUGCACAUCCCAACGAACCAACGACCAACAAAAUUGGAUGCGAGUGAAAGUGCAGAUUGACGUCUCGCAAAAACUGAAAAGAGGCAUGUACCUCCAUGAAGCAAACGGGAAUAAAGUGUGGGUUACCGUUACGUAUGAAAGAUUGCCCAAUUUUUGUUUUCUAUGUGGGAUUCUUGGACAUGGGGCAGGAAAGUGCCCACUUCGAUAUGAGGAGGGAUUUAUAGAUCCGGGGGAAAAUCUUCCUUAUGGGACUUGGCUGCGAGCAUCGACGGAUCCUUCACGAGAGACUUCACGGCUCCCUUUGCAAGCUAACCAUCACAGCAAAGCCUCUCUGGCACCACGCGGCAGUGGAAUAUUUAGCUUUACAUCUCCAGGAAGAGACCAAAUCGGACAGGUUGAGUGCGCACAGGGUAAAGAGAAUACCAUGAUGCCUUUGGUUGACGAUAGGAAUCUUAUUACUAACAAGGUUCAUAUACUACAAGUAGAGGAUAUGGAGGCUGCAACUCGCAAAUUUAUCACGGUUCCCCAGAAGAAUCGUAAGAAAAAAGCAGCUGAUGUCUCGGUUCAUGAUACUUUUCGGCAAGGAAAAAAACCACAUCUUCACCUCAUGGACGAAGAAACUAGCUCAACGGCGGAGACUGCUACGCAGUCCCGCCGAUCAUCAUGAAUUGUUUAUUUUGGAAUUGUCAAGGGUUAGGGGUUCCCUUGACAAUCCACACACUCGGAGACAUCCUCCGACGGAAAAACCCUAACUUGGUGUUUCUUGCGGAAACAAAAGCAGCACCAGGCUUGGUGGAGAAGUUAAAACGGAAAUGGAAUCUUAACGGAAUCGGAGUUGAUAGGGUGGGA